AUGACGUUCUCUCCAUCCUUUUUGCGAGACCCGGUGUUUCUUCUCACUGCGGCCGUCGGACUGACCGGGGUCGUGUUCUUCGCGUACUACUGGUAUGAGGGACGAACAUUCGGCAAACGAUGGCCGUUCCCCCGCCGUGUCCGGCGUCCACCGGUGCUCCGUGGCGUCACCGCAAGUCAGCGGCCGGAGAUUGCAACGAAGGAGGCUAUCGGCCUCGUUGCCCGUGGGGAGAUUGCGACGCUGGGCGGGUUGGUGUACUUCUUCCGCGGCUCUGGCAACGAAAAAGAAAUUCUGCUUGAUCCCACGCUGCAGGCGUACCUGCAGCGUCUGCUGGCGCCGGGUGUUCUGGCGGAAGCUGUGCCGCCCGGGAUCCAGAAUGCGCACGUGCAGGAGCUGCUGCAUCAGCUUUGCCACUGCUGCGAACAGGCUGCUCGUCUGGAGAAGGAGCGUGCCACCGCGUUUGACGCGACCAACUCAGGGCACAUGCAACUUCUGAGGGAGUUGUGGGAGGCGGCGGGGAAGUCGCCCGCAGACUUCUCCCAUCGCAGCGAAGCAUGGGUGGAGUUCGGCUUUCAGGGGCUUGACCCCGCGACAGAUUUUCGCGGCGGUGGCGUGUUGGCCCUGCGGCAGUUUUUGCACUUUGCCCAGACGCACAAUGACGACUUCAAGGCGAUGAUGGCCUUCAACAGGCGGAUUCUGGCGGCGGGCGAGGAGACCUGGUAUCUUUUUGCCGUGGUCUCCAUCCAGUUCACCGCGCAGUUGUUGCUGCAGAAGGACCACGCGUUUUAUCUACCGCAGCUGGAGGUUUUGUACGACACUCUUAAGGGCGGAGCGGGCAAAGACAAGUGCGAGGGAGGUGCGAAGCAUCACCUUGGCAGCGCACGCGCGGAGGUGCUUGAGCUGCGCGGCGGCGGCAGUGAUAAGAGCCAAAACCACAGUAAAAACGAUCGUGAUGCAGCCGCUCACAAGCCAUGGACCGGUGUCCGCGACUUUGAGGAGGGCUUUCACACACUUCAUCAUCAGCUGCUGCUGCACUUUAAGCGUUGCUGGCACCGUGACUUGCCGCAUGUGAUGGAGUACAACAACUACAUGCCAAGCGUCUUUCAGAGCUUCUUUGUACCUGACUGA